AUGCCCUGUUUUGGGGGGAAUCAAUCAGCCAUCGCCCACUCCGUGAGGCCAAUCAUCACUGAGCAUGAAAUAUGGAAGAUGCAUAAGUGGGCGAAAGCAGGCAUGAUGGGGUUUGAAGAACAAACACAGUGUGAGUCAGCGAGUGAGCCGCACGAGGGGAUAAUUCUGCAGUGGCCGCCCAUAUCACGUGCAGGUGCUUUUUCAAGGACCUACUCAGUCUUAGAUAAGCUCACUUCUGUCACCAUAGAAUCUCAUUUGCUUAUUUUCAAGUCAAAAAAUGAAUUUUACUCAUCAUCAUAG